AUGAAGGCCAAGCCAUUAAGUAACGACCCAGGAUCAAAGCGUUAUGCUUAUAGAGUUAACAAAGAAGAGAACAGAAAAGAAUUGAAACAUGUUAAGAUUGAUGAAUCGUCAUUAGUAGAGGGUCAUCAGGUUGAUCUUCCUAAGAAAAGAUUUUAUAGACAAAGAGCUCACUCCAAUCCUUUUUCGGAUCACCAGCUAGAAUAUCCAGGUUCACCAGAAGAGAUGGACUGGACUAAACUCUACCCUCAUUACGUCGAUCCAGAGUCCGGUAAAAUGACAAAGAAGGUUACUAUCGCUGAUAUCGGAUGCGGUUUUGGUGGUUUGUUGGUAGAUCUCUCCCCAGAAUUCCCAGAUGAUCUGAUACUGGGUAUGGAGAUUCGUGUUCAGGUCACUAACUAUGUCGAAGACAGAAUUAUAGCGUUGAGAACCAACCAUGUCAAGGAACAAGGCUACCAAAAUAUUAAUGUGCUAAGAGGCAAUGCUAUGAAAUUCUUACCAAACUUUUUCCAAAAGGGACAAUUAUCGAAGAUGUUCUUCUGUUUCCCAGAUCCACAUUUCAAACAAAGAAAGCAUAAAGCCCGUAUCAUUACUAACACUUUAUUGAGUGAGUACGCUUAUGUGUUAAGAGAAGGUGGUAUUGUAUACACUAUCACUGAUGUGAAGGACUUGCACGACUGGAUGGUGAAGCACUUGACCGAACAUCCAUUGUUCGAAAGACUGCCUGAAGAAUGGGAAGAAGAAGAUAGCUGUGUCAGGAUUAUGAGACAUGCAACAGAAGAAGGUAAAAAAGUUGAAAGAAAAAAGGGUGAUAAAUUCGUUGCAUGCUUCAGAAGGUUACCAACUCCUGAAAUAAUAUAA